CGGACGAUCAUAAAAUGGCUGCAAACUUGUCGUGUUCUAUUGAGAUGGUACUCCGAAUAAUCUCGCUGUUCCUACACUCAUUUAUAAUCUGCAAGAAGCUUUUCACCUCUAUAGUUUUCCGACGCGGUAAAACUAUGGAACAAUUACCGGGGAAACGUGCCGGUACGAACGUAUACGUAUACGAUGGAUACAUAUAUCAUAUGGAUAAACGAUGCAAAGGACUUUAUCGGUGCUCGUCGCGACGAAGUUUAGAAUGUUACGCUAUAUUAUCACGAAAUCUUGAUGGGACGUAUACUUUAAAAUCACAACACAAUCAUCCGGCAAACGACACGGUAUUGCAGGAGUUUCAAAUGAAGCAAGAGAUGCGGCAAAUGUGUCGAGAAACAGUCAUGAAACCAAAAGAAAUAUUUGAUGCAGUAUGCCGAGG